AUGACAACCUCUGUUGGGUAUCCAUCUGGUUCUUCACACUCAACUGGUCUAAUCGAUGUUGAUUCACUGUUUUGUGGAAAGUUAUUCAAAGACAAAACAGAAAUGAGAAGUCAGAUGCGGAUGUAUGCAGUCAAGCAUAGUUUUGAGUUUCAUACUUUUAAGUCAGACAACAAGAGGUAUGUUCUUAAAUGUAUUGAUGAAAAAUGUAGUUGGAGGCUACGUGCAACUAAGGCUAAAGCAUCAGAUAGCUUUGUUGUUCGAAAGUAUAUUAGUCAGCACAGCUGUGACUCUGCUUUAAGGAAUGUUAGUCAUCGCCAAGCAUCUGCAAGGACUUUGGCUGGUUUGGUUAGUAACCAUUUUGCAGGAGGAAAGCUUCCUCUCAGACCCAAACAGCUCAUGGAAAUUUUUAGGAAUGACCAUGGAGUUGGUGUCUCGUACUCAAAAGCAUGGAGAGCUCAAGAACAUGCAUCAGAACUUGCUAGGGGUAUACCUGCUGAUAGUUAUGAGGUUUUACCGAGUUGGUUUCACAUGAUAGAAAAGAAGAAUCCAGGUACUAUCACUUACAUCAAAGCUGAUUCUGAUAAUAAGUUUAGAUAUGGUUUUCUGGCUUUUGGUGCAUCAAUUAGAGGUUUUAAGUUGAUGAGAAAAGUUAUUUCUAUUGAUGGCGCCCAUUUGAAAUCAAAAUAUAAAGGGACUUUGCUUGCUGCAUCAGCUCAGGAUGGUAAUUUUCAGUUGUAUCCUAUUGCUUUUGCUGUUGUUGAUUCUGAGAAUGAUGCAUCAUGGGAUUGUUUUUUGCGGUGUUUGAAGACUAUUAUUCCUGAUGAAGAGAAUCUAGUUUUUGUGUCUGAUCGGGCUUCUUCAAUUGCAACUGCGCUAUCAGUAAAUUAUGUACAUGCUCAUCACGGGAUCUGCACUUUCCACUUGCAAAAGAACCUGGAAACACGAUUUAGAGCUUCAGCUUCUCUUCUUCCAAUUGUUCAUGAUGCUUCAAGAGCUUACACUCAGUAUGAUUUUGAUUAUUUGUUCACUCAAAUUUCCAAUGGUGAUCCGGAUCUUGGAGAAUAUCUUUGGCAAGCUGAUAUUAGGAAAUGGUCACGUGCAUAUUCUCCUUCAAACCGGUAUAACAUUAUGACAUAUAAUUGUGCCGAGUCCAUUAACUCCAGGUUAAAAGAGACUC